AUGGAUUCAGUAUUUGUAUCAAACCCUAGAAACAAUUAUUCCGUUCCCCAUGAUAUCAUAAUUGAUAUACUCACACAACUUCCUGUGAAAUCACUUAUAAGGUUCAAACGCGUUUGCAAAUCAUGGUAUUCGUUAAUUAAAGAUGACAACUUCAUCAAGCAACACUAUGAUACUCACCAAAAUUGUCAAAAGUACUUUGUGGUUUGUAGAAGACACAAUAUUACCACCCACUACACCAUAGAACUUGAUUCUAAUAGUAUAGCCUCUCUUGUUGAGCCUCCGGUUCCAAUUGAUCAAUCACGAAAGGCAUUCAAUGAAAUACAGUAUUCCUCAUGUAAUGGGAUACUUCUUAUAACAUACGCUAACGACAUAAUCAUUAUGUGGAAUCCGGCCACUAGAGAAUCAAGAAGAAUCCCUCCGAGUAAGAGUGGUGGUCUUUAUAAUUUUUGCUACUUUCCGAGAAUUGAAGGCUACAAAAUAUUUAGACUAGGACCUGUAGUCUUUAAUGGUGACAAGGAUGAAAUGGAUAUUGAUAUAUUUUCAACGAAAAGUAACAAGUGGAAAACGGUUGGCAUAUUUCCUCCAGAUUAUUAUUUCGAAGGUACUAUCGUUGUUAUGUCAGAUGGGAUUGUUUAUAUGAUGGCGGAGAGGAAAGAAAAUGAAAAUUGUACAAUAUUACGUUUUUGUUUGGACAAGGAAGAAUUUCAAGAGGAAUUGUUGAUUCCAAACACUAUAUCACCAAGGGGAAUAGAUGUUGUAGGAGAAAAACUUUGUUUGAUUGGGUCAUUGGAAGAUAAUGAUAAGAUUCGCGUAUAUUGUUUGUAG